CCCACUUUAUUUCUGUGGGCUCCGACUCAGGCUGGGCUGGUGUCUUCGUGCGCUACAAUGCUCUUUUACCAAACGCAGUACCGUCAGGACAUGCAGCAGUAUCCCCGACUGCACCGUCAGGACAUGCAGCAGUGUCCCCGACUGCAUUGUUUGUGUUGGUGUGCAUGUUCGGCCAGAGGACGAGCAAUGUCGGACAGGCCGCAUAGUUUUCAGCAUUCUGUUUCCUAGCCCUCCGUACAGCACUAAUGUGUUCCUCGCCAGCAUACUGUUAUUGCAGGUGUCCGGGCGAGUGUCCAGCCGUUACGAAUAGGCACGUCGACACCGGUAGUAGGACGAGCAGAAGGCGGUCAGGAAAGAGAUACCUAACCAUAAUAAUUAUUGGCUUGAGUAUUCUGUCGUAAGGCAGUACGCAAUUUAUCUUCGAACGCAGCACUAGUCUUCCAUAGCUGUCAGCUCCGCAUACAGCAGGGGAUGGAACUGAGCGGCUCGCUCGUCUGCGUUCUAUUGGCAAUAUCCCUUCUAAUUCUGUGGCCAGCGGAACCCAUAACCGGUCAAAGUGGCAGUGGAGAGUGGAGAGAAUGUAACAUCAGUGAGUUCCGUUCACUCUCUCUGAGCUGUACUACUAUACUGGAGAACACACUGCAGGCAGAAUGUGUUGGUUACCAAGACGACGCCGAGACAGGAAAUCGGACAGCCUGUGUUUUACUCAUCACACCAGUGGACACAGGUGUGGCAACAACUGCAAUGGCAACACCUAGUGUACCUGCUACGACUCCCGGUGGCUUUCUGUCCACAACUCCAACAGUAACCAGUGUAGCAUCCAAUACUAACCAAGUAGCCACAACUAGGAUGGUGUCACCAGGUACUCAGUCGGCCUCAGUCAGCAAUGACAAAUUUCCACUCUCCACACUGCUAGCCAUAGUGGCAGGGGUUGCUGUGUUCUGCUUGCUCCUGGGACUGCUCAUCGGCUGCUGCUGCCAUCGCAAGAGACGCGCAGAGCGAGAGCGAGCUCUUGAGCAAGGCUGCUCUUCUGACAUGACCUUGGCCAAUCGCCGGGUAGCGGACAUUGAGACAUCGCUAGGCGGCGGACCGACGAUUGUAGGCAGCCGCAAGAAUGUACAGAAGCAGAUCUACGAAGCAGAGCCCGAGAGCGGUGAGGCAGGUACAGGUAGCACUAGUGGAGGAGGUGGUGGAGGUGGUGGAGGCGGUGGUGGAAGCAUGAUGUUCGGAACGCCGUCGACUCUCAGCACCAUAAUGGAGACGCACGCACAUCCGCUGCUGGGCGCUCCGGUGCCCACGCCGGGGACUUCACCGUCACCACGGAGACAGCACGGAGGACGACAGAGCCCGCCGUCGGUAACGCCUAGCGGCACGCCCAUCCAUCCGGCAAGCCGUAUCAGCUGGACGGAGUUGAGCAGUGCGGAGGGCACGCCAACGCACAGCACAAGCACUGCGGCAAGGACCAUACCCGCCAGCACCAGCACUGUGGCAACGACAAUGCCCAGCAGCUUCAUGAACACGCCGAGUCUUCUCGGCGACACGUCGCCAACAAAGCGACGCCUGUUCUCCAAGGAGGUGAGCGGCGCACGGCGCCAGUACCUCCGCUCGACGGAGAUGAAGCUCUGGGAGAGGAAGUCACCGCAUCACUCCUCCGACGCCGGCGGCCCUUCACCAUCGGGUGCUGGUAGAAUAAGCGAGUCCAGCGUCUUUCCAGACGGCGGCCAUGAACACGACCAAGCAGAAGCGGGCGACGGAGAUGGCCGUGUGCUGGGAACUCUUCAGGGACAGGCAUUGCCACCACCGUCGUUGUGUCGCACCCAGGACAGUGUUGAGGAGGAGGUACAUGGCCAUGUUGCCGGACUGUCCCUGCAGCAGAAGCAGCAACGAGGCGCUGCCAGCUCUUCAGUUGUGCCCGGCCGAAGGGAGUCCUCGCUGGUGCACCUCUCUCGUAGUGAUUCGCAUCCCAAGGAGCUGGCCGCCGGCAAAGCCAAGCAGCCGGUUGCCGCACCGCGUACCAAGAAAGGCGGCAAAGACGAGGCCGUCUUCGUGUAGAGAUCAAGCAAGCCUCGCCGCGUGCAUGGUGCAUAUCUCUGGUGCCACCAGUCCCAGUCGACCCCGGUCUGCUCCUGGCAGAUGCACCUCUCCACAGAUCAUACCGAAUAUGCACAUACAAGCUGUAAACAGCCACGCCGUCGACAGCAAACCGCAAUGGACGGGAGUACGGAGAAGGCAACAGUCGUCCCCGCAGCCAAUCCUAACGAAGCGUCGACGCUUAGCUGAAUGCGGGUCCGUUCAUCUCGUACAGGGUGUUAGGGAGUACCAGCAUUACUCAUUAGUGCAGCCUGUGUGUUGUCCGCUGAGCAUGUCAAACAAGCUGCGUGCAUGUGCCGGAUAGCGUGAUUAGUACACGGACUGUCCAUGGUGCAGCAGUAAUGCUAGGAGUAAUGCUACAUAGCCAGGAGAGGAAGUAGAACUAGUAGUAGUGCUGCUGAGGAGAGCAUAGACUUCGUGUGUGUUUCUGCAGAGCAUCUGCAACUUGCUGUUGUGUGUACAAGCACGUACAUACUGCACACAGUGCACCGAUCGGAUUGAGUAAAAUUCAUGCUGCAGUCGGUGGCAAAGAAUUCCAACAAAUCACCGAGAUGGCUAAGACAGGCCAGCAUUCGCCAUUUCUCGCAGUGAUUGCAUCGAGUGUUCUGUAGGGAUUGCCCCCAUCACCGACGGUAGAUGCACUGAACCCGAUUUUGAAGUUUUGAUGCUAGACUUCAGAGCGUGCAACAUACAAAAACAGUUUUUCUUCCUCUUUUUUUUAGUCCUCGGCAUGCCUGUUUAUUGGGCUAGUUGCUGUGCUGUCUACUGCACAUUGCACAGGUUAACUUCUUAUACUCAUUUGCUUGGUCACCAAUGUUUGUUUCUCUUUUCACUUGGUUGGGAAUACUAUCAAGAGUACAA